AUGCCCCGGGAGUGCAUUAACUCUCUGUUUGACAACCUGACCUGGACUAAGCUCUCGGGAUCACAGCAGAAUCUAGGGCGCACAUCUGCCUGGGUGAACCCCCACAUCAAUGUCUUCAUCGUGCUCCUGCUCUUCUUCGUCAACAAGUUCUGGAUGUCUGCUAUCUCAACCACAAUGCCCAUUCCCUCGGGAGCCUUCAUGCCCGUCUUCAUCCUAGGGGCGGCGUUCGGCCGACUGGUGGGGGAGAUCAUGGCCACCCUCUUCCCCAACGGGAUCCUCUUCGACGGGAUCGUGUACCGCAUCCUGCCGGGGGGCUACGCGGUCAUCGGAGCUGCGGCGCUGGCCGGGGCGGUCACCCACACGGUCUCCACGGCGGUCAUCUGCUUCGAGCUGACCGGCCAGAUCUCCCACAUCCUGCCCAUGAUGGUGGCGGUCAUCCUGGCCAACAUGGUGGCGCAGGGCCUGCAGCCCUCGCUGUACGACUCCAUCAUCCAGGUCAAGAAGCUGCCCUACCUGCCCGAGCUGGGCUGGGGGCACUUCAGUAAAUACAAUAUCUUCGUGGAGGACAUCAUGGUGACGAAGCUGAAGUUCAUCUCGUCACGCUCCAGCUACAGGGACCUGAGGACGCUGCUGGAGACGAGCUCGGUCAAGACCAUACCGCUGGUGGAGUCGCCUGAGACGAUGACCUUGCUCGGUUCCAUCGAUCGCUCGGAGCUCCAGGCUCUCUCUGAUUGGUGGACGUCCCCGGAGAGACGCCUCCUUUUGCAGAGGGAGGGGACGCCGCCGGGGCAGGGGUCACCAGGGGGUCAGAGGCCAAAGAUCAGCUGGGAGUCCUUCGCCUUCGUGGACGAAGACAUGGGAGAGGAGAAUGGAGAGAAGAAUGCUCCUGUGGUGGACGAGCGCAAUGGGCCCCUCCCCUCUACGAAGGCCCAGGAGCCAGCAGCCAAUCACACGCCUUCUGACAAGCGCCCCCUUGAGGCUGUGAGGACAACACUGCAGGGGCUGUUCUGUCAGUCCACGGACAGCCAGACAGAUGAGCGCCCCCAGGAGCCAGCCCCUCUGCCCCUGCCCCUGCCCGACAACAUGACCCCGGAAGAGAUCAAAGCAUGGGAAGAGGCGGAGCUUGACAAGCCUAUCAACUUUGAUCAAAUCCGAGUAGACCCCUCCCCCUUUCAGCUAGUGGAGAGAACAUCCCUGCACAAGACCCACACGCUCUUCUCUCUCCUGGGGUUGAGCCACGCCUACGUGACGAGCAUAGGGAAGCUGGUGGGCGUGGUCGCACUAAAAGAGCUACAGAAAGCCAUUGAGGGGUCGACCAGGAGUGGUGUGAGGCUGCGUCCCCCGUUGGCCAGCUUUCGGGAUGCCAGCCGGCAAGGAAGAGACAAACACAAGCAGCUCCCCCAAUCUCAACCCUCAUCUAAAAAUCCCACCGGGGCUGGACAGACAGGAGGAGGGCGAGAAAGAGACAGGGGGCCUGAAUUUCCUCUUUGGGGCCCCCGCAAAGAGCAAACAGCCAGAGAAGGAGAAGAGUUAGAAGGCGAGAGAGACGAAGGGAAGGCCGAAAGUGAAGGGGAGGGGAGGCAAAAGGAGGAGUGUGAGGCUUGCAGCAGUGGCAGUGGCAGCAGAGCCAGCGACACGCUCACUCACUCCCCGCCGCCCGCUCUCUCUCUCUCCCUGGCCGAGCGGAGGCCGGUGCGGCUGGAGAUGGAGCGGAGGGAAGGAGAAAGGGAGAGGGAGAGAGACAGCGAGGAAGAGCCCCUUUGAAACAGCGACUGAGAGACUGACUGAAGACAAGAGCACACUGAAACUAUACUGAGCCUGUAGAGAGAGAUUAUUUUCCCAGAGACACUCCUCACACACAGAGAUUAAUACAGACCCUAAUACAG